GAGGCAGACUUUUUCUUGGUGCCGUGGCAUACCUGGUGUGAUCGCAUUGUCUACAAGAUGAACCAGACGAGACGCGAAGUCUCAGCGGUGUACAUUGACAUGAUCAACCGGAGGCACGAGCUGCUACCCCACUGGACGAAGAAUGAUGGCCACGACCAUGUGUUUAUCUUCUCCGAUCAAGGGAUGAACUUCUUCCCGGAAUGGCGAGACUACAUCCCCAAGUCUUUGUUCAUCGUGACAGAGGCUCUCACUCCGAAAUGCGGUCCCAGUUGCUUCAACCCAUGGAAGGACUUUGUGGUUCCCGGCCAUACGGAUUACUUUAGAUACCGCCGCAUGGCGCAGUUCAAUUUGCCAACGGAGCAGCGCACAUUGCUCUUUAAUUUCCACGGUCGUCAUCCGGGGCUCAAUGAUUUGUACAAGAAGAAUUUCGUGCGUGGCAACAUCAUGAGAGUCUUUGAUGGCUUGGAAGGCGUCAGCGUGGGCGGUUUCACGGACGACUACUUCGAACGCAUGGGAGCCUCACACUUCUGCUUGGUGCCCAUGGGAACCUCGUCAUGGACCAACCAUCUCUAUGAAGCCUUCUUUGCAGGGUGUAUCCCUGUGAUCCUCAGCGAUGGAUUUCAGGUGCCGUUUGAAAACACCCUGGACUGGCCAAGCUUUUCCAUCAAGUGGCCCAUGACCGACGUGAGCAUGGACCUGUACAAUUUCCUGAAGAGCACGCCGCUCUACCUCUUACGGCAGAUGAAGGCGGCAGUGGACGCCAAUGCCUGUUGGUUUGAUUGGCACGAGACGUUGAAGCCCGGCGAAUCGUGUUCCCCAUACCUUGGUAUCUUGAAGGAACUGGAAAGGAAGAGGCUAGCCUUUCCGGAGGCUGCGAGAAGGAGCCAUGUGCUGAGCGAGUUUUCCUGGGAAUCUCUGGGCAUCUGGAUCUCUGGGAUCGACGCCAGUGAUGCUCUCAGCACCAGUGAUGGACUCAGGCACCUGUCAGCAGGUCCCAAGCCUUUUGGCGACAUGCCGAAUAGCAGCAAAAACGGAGAUGCGGCUCUCGUUGUUUUUCGCGCGCGUCGCCGACCUGGAGCACAGGGCCUGGACAAAGACGGUCUUCCCAUGUCCUGGUUCAAACCGCACAGCGACGACUUGGUGAGAUGGGGCAAGGGGGUUGUGAGGCUCUCUUUGCUAGUGAGCUGUCUUCCAGCAAGCCCUUCUGUUCAGCAAGGUGCCCUAACAUCCUGCGACGAUGGCGGCAAUCUGCUGCUGCAGACGCACGCGUCGCACGCGUCGCACGCGUCACUACCCACGCCUUGGGAUCGACGGAACUAUUUGGUGGGCACCAGCCACAAGGCAGGCAGCCACUUGCUGCGGAACGUCAUGCGGCGCACCUUUGAUAUCCUUGGCGCGAAUUUCUCGUGCCACUACAUUGUGAAAUCCGCUGGGGCGGUGAUCACCUCGAUGGGUGGGGAGCAUGUCUGCCAGGACACAAAGGCCCCGGUGCGCUUCCAGAACACCAACAACGCCAGGACGAUUUUACAGAUGCGACUCGAAGGUCCCAUGCGCGGUGUGAUGAUCAUCCGAGAUCCCUUCGAGAUGGUUGCCUCUGCAUAUGUUUAUCAUCAUCGAGGAGCUGAGGUGGGCUCACCCCUUGCGCCCUCCAACGUCAUGUCCCUGGGCCCCAACGACGGCGUCCCGGCCACGGCACAAAGUAUGUGGCACGUGGUGGAGAACAUGACCCAGGCCUACCAAGUGGCCGGCGAUGAUGUGCUGCCAGUGAGAUAUGAAGAUUUCACACGGUCAUCGGUUGACUUUAAUGCAACCAUGGACAAAAUCAUCCACUUUCUCUUCGAAGGCGAAAUCACUGAAGUGCAAAAACUGCGCAUCUUGCAAUCCACGCAAUACGAAGACAUCAACGGUCCCUAUGGGCUUUCAAGGAGUUUGGAUAUUGUCGAAAAAAUCCAGACCCCCCAGGAUCGCAUCAACCACACCAGUGAUGACGAUGACGUUCGCCGGGCGCGAAAAGCGGUCCCGUUGAUCCCCAAUGAGCUCCGGCAGAGCUACGCCAAGUCUCGAAAAAUCAUGGGCUAUGCCUAA